AUGCCCAUCGGAAAUCUAGGAAAGCCCACGGCUCUCGCGCUCGGCGAAAUUCAAGGCAACCAGCAGCAUCAUGGCUCCCGCUCGCCGGUCAAACCCCAAGACAAUGGUGACCCUGGCCGCUCCAAAUCUCCGACCAAGUCCGCCUUCACAGGACUCAAAUCCAUGGGCGACAGAUGGGGCGUUGGAAGGGCUGCCGCUCCCUCGCGCGAGCCUUCUCCCACAAAGCCUCCAAAGGCGAAGAAGUCCUCCACAAACCUCGCCGGUCUGCUAUCGCGACCAAGGUCCUUUAUCAACCUACAAAGAGCCAGUGGCGAGAUUAGUCGGCAGUCCUCGACAAGCGAUAAAGAGAAUCGAACCCCAGAGCCAACGAUGACGGAUGCCCCACCCAUCUACGCCCAAUUCACAUCCACUAGCGACGGCAAGACGAAAAAGGCGAGACCCCAAUCGUGCCACCCUUCACUGCAGAGCUCGGCUCUACAGUUUCCCGGCAAGGGCACGCCCCGGACCUCCCAGGAAGAAUCUGACAGCAGCCCAGCUGGCACAGCUGCCUUCAGAGGCCAUGUGCGUGGCCGGUCCGUCGCUACCGCCGAGCCGACUAUGAACUCGGACGAAAUCGCGGUGCACCUCGAGGCGCUGCUCGAUCGCCGCAACAUUCCGCAGAAUCAGCGCUACAAGAUGCGCAAUCUCAACGACACCAUCAAGAUGGAGUUUAUCCGGCAAGACUGGGCCGAGAUGAGGGCCGGUCAGACCGGAAGCCUGCCCCGGAGCGACGGCGGUAGCGUUGACGCGUCGACGACCGCCGUCGAGUCAGAGGCCGAGGACGAUAGCAGCAGCAGUAAGCGCGGGGACCGCGGUAGAAGCCGCGGCCGCAGCUUCACGUUCUCGCGCAGCAAGCGGAAUCGGUCCUCGUCCAAGAAGCCAAAGGCGGAAGGGUCCAUCGGGCGUCGCUGGCGCAGCAAAUCCACAGAGAGCAUCGGGCGCGACCACCCGGAGGCUGCCUCAAGUGGCGGUGGCACUACGGGCUCCAGCGUACUGUCCAAGAUAAAGUUCCAGCAAGGGCCUGGCGACUACGUUGCGUAUCUCCGCAAGGUGCAGAAGCCGGAGGCGGUCGAGGUGGGCAAGCUUCACAAGCUUCGGCUGUUGCUUCGCAACGAGACGGUGGCCUGGACGGAAGAGUUCAUCCGCCGUGGUGGCCUGGAACAGAUUGUCGGUCUAUUGAACCGCAUCAUGGAGGUCGAAUGGAGAGAGGAGCACGAAGACGCCCUGCUCCACGAAAACCUGCUAUGCCUCAAGGCGCUGUCUACGACGGCGCUUGGCAUGGAGUACCUGCACACCGUGCAGGCUGACCUCCUUCCCAAGCUGCUGCACCUCAUCUUCGACCCGGAGAAGAAGGGACCCAGCGAGUUCACCACGCGCAACAUCAUCACCUCGGUGCUGCUCAUGUACAUGGCCUCAGCGCCGCCCGCAGAGCGCGUGAUUCGUGCCAAGAACGUCCUCGGCCACCUGCGUGACCCGCAGCCGCGGGAGGAGGACCGCCCGCCGCCGUUCCUGCUCGGCAUUCACCAGGAGCGGCCGUACCGCGUGUGGUGCAAGGAGGUUGUCUCGGUCACCAAGGAGGUCUUCUGGAUCUUCCUGCACCACGUCAAUGCCAUUGCCCUCCCCAAGGACGCGGCCGGAGCUGCACAGCCCGACGACCCAACGACGACCACCUCGUUCUUCAACCCCGGCGCAGAGCAGCCGUACGCUUACAUGCAUCGCCACUUCGCCGCCGAGCGCCCUCCCGUCGCCGCCGCGCCGUACGUCGGCGGCGUCGAGUGGGACGCCACCAACUACCUCGCCUCGCACCUCGACCUCGUCAACGCCAUCGUCGCGUGCGCCGCCACCCGCGACGCCCGCAACGCGCUCCGCUCGCAGCUCCGCGUCUCCGGCUGGGAGCGCUGCAUGGGCGGCAGCCUGCGCCUGUGCAAGGAGAAGUUUUACGGGAGCGUCCACGCGGCGCUGCGGACGUGGGUCGCCGCCGCCGCCGAGGACGGCUGGGACGUGAGGGAUGUAAGGUUCGGCCCGGAGCAGCAGCCCAGCAGGGCCGCGUCGCCGCGCAAGGUACCCGCGGGUGGCAAGGUGGAGGAGCCGCCCAAGCUGGACAUGCCCCGGUUUGACCUGGGCCUUUGA